AUGAGUGAAGUAUCGGUAGUUACCGACAGUUACACAGGCAUUGAAGUAAUCGCUGCUCAUGUCUCCCUUUUUUCAACAGUGCAAAUCCAAGUGGAGGAGAAAGAAGACGACACAGAGGAAAGCUCAAAAAGUGAAGAAGAUAAACUACCUAGAAGAGAGAGCUUGAGACCAAAAAGGAAACGGACCAGGGAUGUCAUCAAUGAGGAUGAUCCUGAACCUGAGCCAGAGGAUGAAGAAACAAGGAAGGCAAGAGAAAAAGAAAGGCGGAGGAGGCUGAGGAGAGGAGCGGAAGAAGAAGAAGAAAUUGAUGAAGCGGAAUUAGAGCGAUUAAAAGCAUUAUUAGAUGAGAAUAGACAAAUGAUUGCUAAUGUCAAAUGCAAACCUUGGAAAAUGGAGAAGAAAAUUGAAGUUCUCAAAGAAGCAAAGAAAUUUGUGAGUGAAAAUGAAGGGGCUCUUGGGAAAGGAAAAGGAAAGAAGUGGUUUGCAUUUAAGAUGAUGAUGGCCAAGAAAUGGGCAAAAUUCCUCCGUGAUUUUGAGAACUUCAAAGCUGCCUGUGUCCCAUGGGAGAACAAAAUCAAGGCAAUUGAAAGUCAGUUUGGUUCAUCAGUGGCAUCAUACUUCUUGUUCCUGAGGUGGAUGUAUGGCGUUAACAUGGUUCUCUUUAUCCUGACAUUUAGCCUCAUCAUGUUACCAGAGUACCUCUGGGGUUUACCAUAUGGCAGCUUACCUAGGAAAACAGUCCCAAGAGCGGAAGAGGCAUCUGCAGCCAACUUUGGCGUGUUGUACGACUUCAACGGCCUCGCACAGUACUCUGUCCUCUUUUACGGCUAUUACGACAAUAAACGCACGAUUGGAUGGAUGAAUUUCCGGCUUCCUCUGUCCUACUUCCUGGUGGGAAUUAUGUGCAUUGGAUACAGCUUUCUGGUUGUCCUCAGAGCGAUGACCAAAAACAUUGGUGACGAUGGAGGUGGUGAUGACAACACUUUCAACUUCAGCUGGAAGGUGUUCUGCAGCUGGGACUAUCUGAUUGGUAAUCCCGAGACAGCUGACAACAAGUUUAAUUCUAUCACAAUGAAUUUUAAGGAAGCUAUCAUAGAGGAAAGAGCAGCCCAGGUGGAGGAGAAUGUCCAUCUCAUCAGAUUCCUGAGGUUUCUUGCUAACUUCUUCGUGUUCCUAACACUUGGUGCAAGCGGAUACCUCAUCUUUUGGGCUGUGAAGAGAUCCCAGGAAUUUGCGCAGCAAGAUCCUGACACCCUUGGGUGGUGGGAAAAGAAUGAAAUGAACAUGGUUAUGUCCCUCCUGGGGAUGUUCUGUCCCACACUGUUUGACUUAUUUGCUGAACUGGAAGAUUACCACCCUCUCAUUGCUCUGAAGUGGCUCCUGGGGCGCAUUUUCGCCCUUCUUCUGGGCAAUUUGUAUGUGUUCAUUCUUGCCUUGAUGGAUGAGAUUAACAACAAGAUUGAAGAGGAGAAGCAUGUGAAGGCCAACAUUACGCUGUGGGAAGCCAACAUGAUUAAGGCUUACAAUGAAUCCCUCUCUGGGAAUACCACAGGACCACCCUUUUUUGUUCAUCCUGCAGAUGUACCUCGAGGACCCUGCUGGGAAACAAUGGUGGGACAGGAGUUUGUGCGUCUCACCGUUUCCGAUGUUCUGACCACUUAUGUCACGAUUCUCAUUGGUGACUUCCUCCGAGCAUGCUUCGUGAGGUUCUGCAAUUACUGCUGGUGCUGGGAUUUAGAAUAUGGAUAUCCUUCAUACACAGAAUUUGACAUCAGCGGCAACGUCCUGGCUCUGAUCUUCAACCAAGGCAUGAUCUGGAUGGGCUCCUUCUUUGCUCCUAGCCUCCCAGGCAUCAACAUUCUCCGACUCCAUACAUCCAUGUAUUUCCAGUGCUGGGCUGUGAUGUGCUGCAAUGUUCCCGAGGCCAGAGUCUUCAAAGCUUCCAGAUCCAACAACUUCUACCUCGGCAUGCUGCUGCUCAUCCUCUUCCUGUCCACCAUGCCCGUCCUGUACAUGAUUGUCUCCCUCCCACCAUCUUUUGACUGUGGACCCUUCAGUGGUAAAAAGAGGAUGUUUGAAGUGAUUGGUGAGACCCUGGAACACGAUUUCCCGAGCUGGAUGGCGAAGAUCCUGAGGCAGCUUUCUAACCCCGGUCUUGUCAUUGCUGUCGUCCUGGUGAUGGCUUUGACCAUCUAUUACCUCAAUGCUACUGCCAAGGGCCAGAAAGCAGCUAAUCUGGAUCUGAAAAAGAAGAUGAAACUGCAAGCUUUGGAAAACAAAAUGCGAAACAAGAAAAUGGCAGCAGCUCGAGCAGCUGCUGCUGGUGGCCAGUAACUGUAUCAGAUAUCCUGGGGUUUCCGAGAAGAACUCUUCACUUCUAUCUUUGAAUGAAAUGAGCACAGGAAGGACCAUGACCAGCACUGGGGAACUGCUGCUCCAUGUUCUACCACUGAUGGGUCAUCAAGGUCACCGUUAGGAUCAUCUAUCAAGGGGUCUUCAGCCCUCCUUAAACAAGAAGAUUCUCACUGGAUUCUGUAUUUCUCUAGGUUCUGAUGCUUUCUCUCUUACUUUCCAGACAUGUUCUCAAACAAAGGUAGUUUAAAUGUGUGUUGUAGUAAUACAAAUUACUGGGUAUAAUUGGUAGUAUAUGGUUUCAAAGCUCAACAUUCCCUCAUAUGGACUUUUUGUUUAACACACUGGUUUAUUUUCUUAAAUCAGGAGUAGAGAUAUUAUAGCAUCUUUUGCCUUUCUAACUUUGGAAGUAUCUGCAGGAAGUAUUCAUUGAGAUCAUUCAUUGCCUCUGUUUGUGUGUAAUGUUUUUCUUAUUAAUUCAAUCAGGUUGGUAGGUUGACUUCUUUCUUACUUGUAUAAAUGUCAUAUUUAUAUAAUAUGAACGUAAAAAGAAUUGGCUCACUUUUAAAAUAUAAUAUUCUCCCUUCCUUACUUUUUUGUCUUUCUACCCAUGAGCCCAACUCUUACAUAUAUCAACACCUUUGUAUUUGCAGGACUCAGUAUGAAAAGAAAGAGGCUUUUUGGGAGAAAUGUCACAUGUAAUUUGACAUUUAUUCCUUGCAGUACUGACUUACCGAUAGCUUAUCACCACAGGGAGGUAUUGCCUCUCAGACAAACUAGACCUUUAUAAGUUUAACAAAAGAAGGCAGCAUAACUGACUGAUGUCUAGUCAGAAUCUCCCCAUUUAGCUUCCAAUGAUCAUUUUGCCUGAACUUAGAUUGUUGCUGUCUGUGUUUGUUCUUUACUUUGUUGUUGUUGACAUUAGGAAAACCUUUAGUUAAAGCCUUAAUUUAUAGCCGUGUGUUUAGCGUUAUGUUUAUCUAAAGUUUGAGUUCACUGAAUGGUAGCACUCAGUGCCCUCCUUGUCUUGUGAUGUGACCUCAGUAGAAUCUUCUAACUCACAGCAUCCCUUUCCAGAGCUAAGCCAACCUUCCUUCCCUGCAGUUAUCUUGCUUAGUUUUGUUGCCCUUUGAAUUCUCUUUAAUCUUCUCUUGGCCAUAGAAUGGUCAUACUGUUCUCUUGCCAAUUCUUGACUCACUUCCUACAAUUACCAUGUUCAUAUUGGUGUAUAUUCCCAGCCAUGUCACUCUCCUAAUGGGAUUUCUUAACAUGUUAUAUCUGUAUCCUCAGCAUAGCAUCUGUAGAUUUUCUGUGAUUUUUCAUGGUUGUUAUUGAUUGUUUCUUACAUGCAUGGAUAAUCUUUCCUGUCUAGACGGUAGCUUUGUAGGAGCAUGGAUCAUGUCUUCUCACUCUUUUAUAUCUCUCAUACAGUGCUAUGCACAGUUGGGGACUGCAUAAAUGUUUCUUAAUUAAAUUGAAUCAAUUUGACUUAUAGCAGUUGCAUUAUGAAACAAAAACUUGUAUUAGAUGCAUGGAAAAUGUUCUGUGAUAUGAGAAAUGGAUUAACUGCUGCCAGGCUUUUGUUAUCAUUAGACUGUAAUGCAGAUGAAUAAAUAAAGACAGUGGUGAUUUCUAC